GGGGGCGGGGCUAGCGUGCCUGAGCGUCAAUGGGUUUUUCAUUUUUGUUUGAAGUUCAGCAGAAAGUUUCGACUGUUCAGGAGGAAACCGGAACUUCUCAGUGUAGCUGAAACCCGCGGCUCUGUGACUCUGGAUUCAUGACUUCAUCUCAUUUGUAGCUUGUGUACAGAUUUGUUGUGUUAAAGUGAAUAGAGAGUUGUGUGUGUGUGUGUGUGUGUGUGUGUGUGUGUGUGUGUGUGAGAGAGAGAGAGAGAGAGAGAGUGAGAGAGUGUGAGUGUGUGUGUCAUUAAUGGUAUGUAAAUAGGAGUUAACUAUAACUUGAUGAUCUGGUUAAGUUGCAUUUCUAAGUCAGAUUUAAUUAUAGACUCUGGAAAGAUGGUUGAUUGGACCAGAUCUUUUGUGUUCCCCUGAAAUGAUCAUUUCAGAGAAGAUCUGAUUCGUAUGUUGAAUUAGACAUCAUGGAAGAGCAGAGAAACUCAGACGUAGAGGUGAACGAGAAAUGUUUCUCAGAGACCCUGAGCGAAAGCCAUGUGGCAGUUUACUCGGAGCCCGUCGUGUCCCCGGGGCAGUCCCCGGGCCGUCUGGAGACCCGUCUGUACAUGAGGCGAUGGCUGAUCGUCUUUCUGUUCAGCUCCUACUCGCUUUGCAACUCGUACCAGUGGAUCCAGUACGGCAUCAUUAACAACAUCUUCAUGAAGUUCUACAAAGUCGACUCCUUUACCAUCGACUGGAUGUCCAUGAUAUACAUGCUCACCUACAUCCCGCUCAUCUUUCCCGUCACGUGGCUCCUGGACAAGAAGGGGCUCCGCGUGGUGGCGCUCGCCGCUACCGCCCUCAACUGCGCCGGCACCUGGAUCAAAGUGGCCAGCGCCAGGCCCGACCUUUUCCCCAUCACCUUUCUGGGCCAGGUGACCUGCUCCAUGGCUCAGGUGUUCAUCCUCGGGAUGCCCUCACGCAUUGCCUCCGUGUGGUUCGGCUCCCACGAGGUUUCCACCGCCUGCUCUAUCGGCGUUUUCGGAAAUCAGCUCGGCAUCGCCAUCGGCUUUCUGGUUCCGCCCAUCCUGGUUCCCAACGUAGACGACAUGGACGAGCUGGCCAAACACAUUCAGGUGAUGUUCUACAUCACAGCAGGCGUGGCCACCUUCCUCUUCAUCCUGGUCAUCAUCGUGUUUCAGGAAAGACCUGCUCUUCCUCCAUCUCAGUCUCAGGCCUCGGCGCGUCUCAUCCCUACAGAGAGUUACUCGUACUCGUCCUCUAUCCUCCGGCUGCUCCGCAACACUCCAUUCAUCCUGCUCAUCAUCAGUUAUGGACUGAACGUGGGCUGUUUUUACGCCGUGGGGACGCUGCUCAACCAGAUGAUCAUCAAACACUAUCCGGGUGAGGAGGUGAAUGCUGGGAGAAUCGGACUAACCAUUGUGAUUGCAGGGAUGGUCGGAUCUCUCAUCUGUGGGAUCUGGCUGGACAGAACUAAAACCUACAAACAGACCACGCUGGCCGUCUAUGUCAUGUCUCUGCUGGGUCUGGCUCUUUAUGCCUUUACACUGGAUCUCGGUCACCUGUGGGUCGUCUUCAUCACCGCCGGAGCUCUCGGAUUCUUUAUGACAGGAUAUCUACCUCUGGGUUUUGAGUUUGCGGUUGAACUCACGUAUCCCGAAUCUGAAGGGACGUCUUCAGGCCUGCUCAACUGCUCAGCUCAGGUGUUUGGGAUUAUUUUCACCAUCUGUCAGGGGAAGAUCAUCAACACUUUCAGUACACUUGCAGGAAACCUGUUCCUGUGUGCGUUCCUGAUUAUUGGGACUGUAAUAACCGGGUUUAUUAAGUCGGAGCUGCGCAGGCAGAGGGCAAAUCAGUUAGCCAAGGUGACUCUUCACACCCCUUUUACCCCCACGCUUUUCUUUACCCCGCCUCCACUCCCCUUUACCCCACUCCCUCAACCACCCUUUAAACCCCACCCCUUUCACACUUUCACCCCACCUUUAAAACCCCCACCCCCUUCACACUCCUCUUCAACCCUUCCUCUCACUGGUCAUCCCUCAGGCUGCAGUUGUUCUGGAUUACGGUUCCACGACCCCAAAUAACUACUGAUCAAUCAAUCACCUCCUCAUCAGCACACGCAGGCACAGGUACGCUAAAUCACGCUAGCACUCCAACACGCUAACACGCAUUAGCAGCACCACGUCCUCACAGUGCGAGAGAGACCGCCUAAAAGAGGACGUGUAAACGUUUACGCACUUUACGCAGCCAAUCACGCAGCCAAACACGCAGCCAAUCACGCAGCCAAUCACGCAGCCAAUCACGCAGCCAAUCACGCAGCCUUCAUACGGCAGUUACAGAACCAACCACAAUUCAUCAAUUGUAUGAGGCUAUUUUUAAUUUACACAAAUGACGUGUGUGUGUGUGUGUGUGUGUGUGUGUGUGUGUGUGUGUGUUUGUGUGUGUGUUUGUGUUUGUGUGUGUGUUUUUGUUUGUGUGUGUGUUUUUGUUUGUGUGUUGAUUUACAGAAAGAUUCUAAAGGAUCACAUGUACAUUCAACUGCUGUGGGACCUUCUACAAGAAUGUAACACCCACACACACACUUAUGGUAGUGUGUUUCAGCAGUGUGUGUAUUUAUUAUUUAACUGAACAUCUGUAUGUACCGCCGGGUUCAAAAGUCUGAGUCCACUGUGGGCGUGUCCCAAACCACACUGUAUAAAUGAGGUGCUCAUGAACCACAGGUCGGCCGAUACGGGUUUCUCUCUCGCCGACGCCGAUAUUUACUGUGAAUUUCAACUUUUCAAUUUUAUCUCCUAAAAUCAAUGAAUAAGACAGAAGUCUGAAACACGAGCUUCUAAAAUCAGUGCACUUGUUAGCAGGGUUUGAUUCUCGUGACUACCUGUAGCCUGAACCACAGCUGGAUGAAGGGUCGCUAACAACAUCUGUUUGGGGUGUAAAAUUAUCGACCCGAUUUGCAGCACAAUCAGGCCAAAAACUCCCCCCGGAUCAGUCCAACGUGGGCGUGUCCCAAACCACAUCUCGGACUUUUGGACGUGAGAACGGCGCCCAUGUUUAUCUCAUUUACUGCAGAUUUUUUUUUUUAUGAAUGAAUUUCAAUCCAUUUGCCUCUUCGAACUCAACAUCUAACACCGAAUGACUUUCAUAUUAAUAUUCAAGAUGAACAGCAUUACCUUCUCAAAACUCACUUCCAGCUCCUGUUCUCCGCCCGGUCCUUUGUUUCCAAUCGAACCGAUCUUUAACGCUGAGAUUCCGUGGAGGAAUACUGACAAAAUGUAAAUAACCAAAGAUUUGAGGGUUUUUGAAUCUUCAGCCUGAGCUCUAUCUGGAGUUUAUCCUGAAAAACAUCUGCUCUAGAACGAUCCAAACUCCUGAAAUGAAAUGCACCUCAGUAUAUUCACUCAAAUUGUUUACUGUGGCUGUGAAAAUGUUUAAUUUCUUCAGAUUUGUAGGAAGAUUUCUUGCAAAAAGUGCACAUUAGUUCAAAGUCGGUUGUGAAUUUAACGCUAAUUUGUAAAAAAAUAAACAAUAAAAAUUGCAACAAACAA